GCAGCUCCGGCCACCGCCGCCAGAGGCUGGAAUUAUUUCCUGGGGAAAGCGCAGCAGGCUGGGAAAGCGUUUCCGGAAGGCUGCCUACAUCCCGCAGUUGGGCUUGGAAGCUGCCUGUGUGGGCGACGGCAGCCCUGAGCGAAGAGAAAGGGGAUCGCCCGGCUGGCCGCAGCACAGAGGGAGCCAAACUGGGGUAAGACAAUUCUGCCGUGUGCUUUGAAAACGGCUGACGACACGGGAUAAUGUGCUGACUGGCGCGAUGGGCAGGCGAUACCCAGGGGCUCACUGUCGUCAGAGCAAUUCAUAUUUCAAAUAAUAAUCUAUUUCCUGAUCCAUUGCUGAAGCCCAGUGAUCCAUGUCAGACGUAUUUCCAGUUGACUCCGGUGUGGAAACCUUGGCGGGGUUUAUGGCAAGCAACAGCACAACGGAUAUUGUGAAUCGGAACGGUCCUGCCACUCCACCUAAUACACUUCACCUGCGCUCCUCCCAUAACGAACUGUUGAAUGCUGAAAUCAAGCACACGGAAGUCAAGAACAGCACCCCUCCAAAAUGCAGGAAAAAAUAUGCACUGACUAACAUUCAGACAGCCAUGGGCCUUUCUGAUCCUGCUGCCCAGCCCCUUCUGGGCAACAAUUCCUCCAACAUCAAGCUAGUGAAGAAUGGAGAAAACCAGCUUAGAAAAGCAGCUGAGCAGGGACAUGAUCCCAAUAAAAACCUGCCUGCUCCUACAACUACUGCAGGCAUAAACAUAACUUCUGAGAAGUUGGAGGGGAAAGAGGCAAACCAGCAGGAUUCUUCAGGCAGUGAAAUAUUGCCCACACAACGGCGGAGAACCAAGAGCUUCCUAAAUUACUAUGCAGAUCUUGAGACAUCAGCGAGAGACGUCGAUCAGAAUUAUGGGAGCAGCCAAGUGGCAGGGGAGGAAAAAUUAUCCUCACAACACAUCAGCCAGGCAUCCACAGUGAUUGUUAAUGGGGAUGCAUUGCCUCGGAAACAAAUCAAGCCAGCGAGUCCUGAAGAUGGACAGGUAGCUACCAUAUCGUCAAGUCCAGAGACGAAAAAGGAUCAUCCUAAAACUGGCGCCAAAACAGAUUGUGCACUACACAGGAUCCAGAACCUGGCUCCAAGCGAUGAAGACUCUAGUUGGACAACAUUGUCACAGGACAGUGCUUCUCCGAGUUCGCCAGAUGAAACAGCAGAUAUAUGGAGUGAUCAGUCAUUUCAGACAGACCCCGACUUGCCACCAGGCUGGAAAAAGAUUAGCGACAUAGCUGGGAUCUAUUAUUGGCACAUACCAACGGGAACAACCCAAUGGGAACGUCCCGUGUCUAUACCAACUGAUCUUCAGGGCUCAAGAAAAGGAUCACUUAGUUCUAUCACCCCAUCUCCUACUCCUGAAACCGAGAAACAGCCAUGGAGUGAUUUUGCUGUACUGAAUGGGGGAAAGAUUAAUAGUGACAUUUGGAAGGACCUUCAUGCAGCCACAGUGAACCCAGACCCUAGUUUAAAAGAGUUUGAAGGAGCAACAUUGCGCUACGCCUCUUUGAAACUCAGAACUGCCCCACAGUGUGAUGAAGACGAUUCUUGCAGCAUCAACAGUGAUCCAGAAGCCAAGUGCUUUGCUGUUCGUUCUUUGGGAUGGGUAGAAAUGGCAGAGGAAGAUUUGGCUCCCGGAAAAAGCAGUGUUGCUGUAAACAAUUGCAUCCGGCAGCUCUCCUACUGUAAAAAUGAUAUAAGAGACACAGUUGGCAUCUGGGGAGAGGGGAAAGACAUGUAUCUUAUCCUGGAGAAUGACAUGCUAAAUUUGGUUGACCCCAUGGAUCGCAGCAUUCUUCAUUCUCAGCCCAUCGUAAGCAUCCGAGUCUGGGGAGUAGGCCGUGACAAUGGCCGGGACUUCGCAUAUGUAGCAAGAGACAAAGAGACAAGAAUUUUGAAAUGCCACGUAUUUCGAUGUGACACACCAGCAAAAGCUAUCGCCACAAGCCUGCACGAAAUCUGUUCUAAGAUUAUGGCUGAACGGAAGAAUGCCAAAGCUGUGGCUUGCAGCUCGUUACAAGAGCGGACAAAUGCCACCCUUGAUGUUCCCUUGCAAGUAGAUUUCCCAACACCAAAGACUGAGCUGGUCCAGAAGUUCCAUGUACAGUACUUGGGCAUGUUGCCUGUAGCUAAGCCAGUGGGAAUAGAGACACUGAAUGGUGCUAUAGAAAGUCUCUUGGCUUCCUCUAGCAGAGAGGAUUGGAUGCCCGUCACCAUGAAUGUUGCUGAUGCUACCGUGACAGUCAUCAGUGAAGGAAAUGAAGAAGAAAUUGUGGUGGAAUGUCGUGUACGGUUCUUGUCUUUUAUGGGAGUGGGUAAAGAUGUCCACUCGUUUGCCUUCAUUAUGGAUACGGGGAACCAGCAUUUUGAGUGCCACGUUUUUUGGUGUGAGCCUAAUGCAGGCAAUGUAUCAGAAGCUGUUCAGGCUGCUUGUAUGCUACGAUAUCAGAAGUGCUUGGUAGCCAGACCGCCUUCACAGAAGCUUCGGCCGCCUCCGCCUCCUGCAGACUCAAUGACCAGAAGAGUCACAACUAAUGUAAAACGAGGGGUGUUGUCCCUCAUUGACACUUUGAAACAGAAACGCCCUGUUUCCGAUACACCAUAGCAGACCUGGGGGGAAACAAGGAUUCUUGGAACACCGAGCGGAAGAUACAGUAGCCACACUAAAAAAGAUGAACUGAUUUUUGGCCUUCCAGUUGAAAUUGGUGAUGCUUUGUCUUCAAAGAAUUUACCCUUAUCAAAAUGAUAUUCGACAAGCAUGUUCUCUCAUUCUUGCCACCAUCAUGUGAUAUGAAAAGAAGCAUGAGUAAUUAUUUUAUUUUAUUUUUUUGCUGUGAGUUAUGCACCAUGAGAAGUGGGAGGUCUGUUUUCUGACUGUAAAUACUAUGAACAUUACUUAAAUCUACACGUACACCAGAAAGGAAUAUGGCACACUACUCCUAGUGAAUUAAUCCUAAUAUUCUUGGAGAGAACCAUGCCCAAAUGGAUAGUCUCACCACCAUUCUGAGCUGGAUUUGCCACAAGUAGUCCUAAAAUCCUAUAGCACUUUCCCUUCAUUUUUAACACCGACAUACUUACCAAGUAUUAGUUACCAUUGUAUUGUUGUAGAAACACUAGGCUUUUAAAAAUGUUUACAAAACUGCAUUCAUUAACCAGUCUUCCAUCUUGUACCCCAUAGUAACAUUUCUUCAUCUUUUAUCUGUAAAUUAGGGCCAAAUUUAAAUGCAAUAUUAAAUCAUUAGUAUCUCAUUUGGGGCUUAUUUUCAAUUUACGAUAGCCAUGCAGGAGACCAAUCUAGACCAGGACUGCAGGGGAAGGGGUGUUUAACCCUUCUGUGCCAUUUCCCCACUGAAUCCCUUCCCCCUUGAGGCUAAAGGGAUCCCAAAGGUGCCAGCUGCUGCAAUGGUGUUUUCAGGAAACUCAUCCGAGCUUAGGAAGAAGAGGUUCAGCAGGAAAAGGGCACAAAAAUUAAGAUAAAAUAAAUCCCCACCCCCCCAUCCUCGGCACCGAUUGGGUCUCCAUGCAGCUGCUACUUUAAAAUGACAAUAAGUCCCAAAUGACACGUUUAACAUCAUGUCUAGUUUGUCCUUAGGUUCAUUUUGAAUAUGACAUAAUUCCUACAUAGGUAACACUUCUGUGUAGAAAAGUGUGUGCAAACAAUAUCAUAGUAAUUUGUGACAAUCACUUCUGCUCCUGUUUCACUGUGUAUACUGUGCUUUGGAAACUGCCCUUGGUCAUCACUUCCCAGUGAUGGUGUGCCAAGGUAUACACAUAAAAUAGAUGCAUGUGCAGAUGUCAUAUAUGAUAUUAUUUAUGUAUGAUUUGCAUGCUUUUUCUUGUAUGGAAGUGCUGCCCAUGUGGAAAAUUCUUAUUUCAAGUGACCUAUGACAGUCUUGACAUUUGUGUUUUUAAAUACCAAAUCCUAGUUAAGAGUUCAGAAAACAAUCUGGAAGGAUGCAUUAGCUUUUCAUUUUGAAACUAACACACCCCAGCACUGGUAACCCCUGACAUCUUCUUAGCUGCUAGUUUAUGCUGUUAUCUUUUUUUUUUUUUAAAUCCCAUACAGUCUGAAAGCAAAUGUAGGGAUUGGCUUGCAGAAGUAUAUACAAGACCUCAAACCUUAAAGCCAAUUGUCUUCCCUUAUUACAAAAUGCAUUCAUACUUGUACACUAAAAUGGGCCUAUAUGUUCAAAACUUAAAAACCACAACUUUAGUACAUGACCAGUAGUGUACAAUUGCCAGUGUAUCAAAAAUUGGAUUUCAGUGAGCUAGCAUAAGAAAAAAACAUCAUCAGUGGGAAGUGUCCUUUGUUACUUUUCUUACUGUUAGAGUUACAGUAGGUGACCCAGCAAGCAUAUACAGAUCUUUCUGUACUUGAGUUUUUGUCCUCCUACUUUAUUUCUUCCCACUGAGAUUGGGUGCUGAGCCAGUAGUUUUUUGGCACACACAAAUGAUACAUUUUUGCUGCGCAAGACCCAUUUUAAUUUUCAGCUUUAUGAGGAGCUGUAGAAUAUUGUAAAUAUAAGAAGUGAUAAAAAUUCUAAUAGAUCUUAUGUUUAAUGCAAACUGAUUCCAAUGUUUGAGCUCCAAAAUUCUAAGUAAAAAAUGUCCUGUUGCAGAUUCCACAGCUAGCUUCACAUGAUAGUUCCUCCAAAUUGUACUUAUGCCAUGUGUUGUUUUGGGUGGCUUCUUAAUGUUUUUCAGAUGAACAAUUUCUCAUUCACUGACAUAGCACAAAGCUUACCUGCACAGCUGCCAAAAUAAAAGUCACGGUCAGCCACAGUGGCAGAAAUGGGGCUGGUUCAUGUGUGACGAAUGGUCUAUGUAGACAGCAAGAAGCCCAACUUGGGUUACUGCACCCUCCCCUCUAGCACAGAAACCCUUGUUCUGUGAGCAGAUAUUAUUCCCUAUGUGGGCCGCCUUAUGUCUUCAGACCACCACAAAAACUGGGUGAGUGGAUCACAUCAACUUUGCAUUGUAAGGGCGGGGUUGGGGGGAGUGCAGAAGUAGUAAGGCGUGUGCUCCCAAGACUUGAUGAGCUACCCUGCCAUGGCUGCAACAUGCAGCCAUGUGUGAACCACUUUGCAAUAUUCUACUAUGGGGGUGGACUAUAGCUUAGUGGAAGAGUAUCUGCUUUGCAUGUAGAAGACCCCAGCUCCCAUCCCUGGCAUCUCCACCUAGGCCUGGCUGGGACUUCUCCAUCUGAAACGGUGGAGAGCCACUACCAGUCAGUGUAGACUAGUACCCUUCAUUGUAAGACCCAGGGACCAAUGGCGGCUCCCAUCAACCCAAAUUGUUUGUUUGGGCCUGUGUGAAGCUUCAGCCAAAGCUGAAUACUCUGCCACCAUGUGGAGGUUCCCAUUCUCACUGUGCUGUAUUGUGCUUUGCUCAGCACUGGGCAGCUUCUUGAAGGGAAAUUGUGCACGCUUUCCAAGAUUACAGGGACUCAGAGUGCUGGGAAAUACAGUCCUCUGCAGUGGUUUCCUCAGAGCGUUAAUUGCUGGUAAGGUGGCUCUGAGGCCUUGCAGAGUGGGAAGUGGAAGAAGAAUAUAAUAGAGCAGCAACUGGGAACAGCCUAGAGCUUAGCAAGCCAGUGUGAACUGCCCCCAAAGCCUCACCUGCAUCUAUGAGCACUUCCAUUUUCCCACAGCGCACACAUAUAUACCAACAGGUCCUCAACCUUUUCACUCACACAUCAAAAAUAAUUGCUACUGCCACAAGAGUUGUGCUAACUUGCUUUUAUAUUCUCCAAAGGUAACAUGGCUCAUUUACACGUGCACGUUUGUCAUUCGAUGACUCCAGCAUCAAGUGGUGACUUGCAUGUGGAAAUAAGCACACCCCACUGCCGCUCAAUGGAGUCGGUUCACACAUUCAGCUGCAAGUCAUCAAGUGUUGAAUUAAGUGAUGUGCAUGCAUGUGUGAACUAGCCCACACUGUUGCAGGUGGAAAACUUAUGCUGGAAUUUAAUAAUGGUCUUCCUGAGUAAUCUCCUCCAUUUUAAGAGGUCUAUAUUGCAGGUUAACAAGACCAGAAUUGAGCAGAGACCAACAUUUUCAUUUCAACAACCCCCUUUAAUUUUCUAGUUACAUUACAUCACCACCUAUGCAAAGGAUGUAUAGGAGAAUUUACCACUUGUGUGAAAGAAGGAAUUCAGAAGGAGUUGAGCUAGGUGGCUUCAUGGCUCUAAAAGUUAGGUUUCUUACAUGCUGUAAUUUUAAAAGCAACAUGUCAGGCCCAUACUUUCAAACCAAGCAAAUGCUUGGGCCUGUCUAAGCCAGGUACUUCCAUUCUUGGUGCAAUCUUGAACAAACCUCUUUCUUGUCCUCCCCAUUUUCAGAAAGUGCAUGCUGACUACUGGCAGCCAUAUGUCUCAAAACAGUUCAAUAAGUUGGACACAAGUCGUUCUGUCUGUAUUCUAUGGCUAUGCCCAAUGUUCUUAGCGACUUAACCUCACACAGGAAACCUUAAUCCAUUUGUAUCAAAUCCAUUAUCUGUUUUCUGGACUAUGACCUCUUCACAUUCAGCAGAAAAUGCAAUAAAGAAAGCUAGACAUGCCUGCUGAACGCAUUAAGAAGACACAACAUUUCUUUUCCUAGUAGUUGCCACACUAAGAGUUUUAAUCCCGCAACUAUUAAGUUGUGGUUAAAUCUCAGCAUUUAAGUUCCACUGGCUGAGAGUAGCAUCCCCAUUCCUUAAAAUUAAGCUUUUUACACACUUCUAGGAACCGUAUUCGUAGAAGCAUUGUGUAUGGAACCUCCAUGUUUAGAGGCAAUACCUCUGAAUACCAGAUGCAAAAGAUAAACAGUGAGGAAGGCCAUCAUCUUGCCUGCGAGCUCCUGGAGGCAUGGCAUAGGCCACUGUUGGAACCAAAUGUAAGCUUAGAUGGACCUUGUUCUGAUCGGCAAUUCUCAGCACAUUUUUCUACCACGGCCAAAAUGUAUAUCUGGGUUAAGUGUGAAGAAAUGCCAAUGAUUUUACUCAAUGUUGUAGUGACACUUCUGUUAUCUAUGCAUUCUUUUAUAUCUCACAAGGCAACCAUGUUCACUAUGCCUUGGAUGUUUCAUGCCUUUUUUUGAUUAACCUGUUAAAUACUGCUUAAAUAUUUUUAUUUUAUUUAUUCUAUUUUUACUGAAAUAUUCUUCAAUUAUGUUGACAUAUUACCUUUAUUACUGGAUGUGAUCUCGAAAAUUUAUCCAGUGCUAAGUAAUCUCAGUGUAUUAUAGGUUGCCUAAAGACAGGAUUUUUGUAAUUAUUUGUAGUCACCUUUUUAAUUAUGUAGAAGAAAAUGGCAAAAUAAUGUGUAAAGCUAACUUUUGUUAUUUUUUAAAUGCAAAUAGCAAGUUAGAUGCUGCUCUCAGAGGCCACCUCAUUCAUGUAUUCUGUUGAAGGAAGAUUAUCCACCAUCAUCUGUGAACACUUAAAGCCUUUCUUUUUCUCCCCAGCCCUACAACACAUAGCAGUUCUUUGAUACUGCUGCUUUUUUUGCUAUAUAAACUAAUUAUUGUUUGUUUUAAACAUGAUGUUUUUCAUGAAGAACCAUCAACAAGAAGAAAGGCAAAAUGCAUGAAAUGGUAUCAAACCUACUACUCUUACAAGCAGAGUUUUUAAUGAUAAACGUUGUGUGCACAGCUACCCUACCUUAAAGGGCAGGGUAGCUGUGAAAGAGCUUUUCAGAUCUGAGUGGAAGGAAGCCUGCAGAAACCGAAAUACAAAGUCUGUGUAAUUUGCUAAGGCUUAGGAACCUGUUUGUUUUUUAAGUAGUCUGAAGUCUAUGAAACAUGGUUAGCAAAACAUCACAUGUGGAGGAGUGUAAUUUUUAUUUCAUUAGCCAUACAGACCGAGUCUCUAGAAUGUUGUCUUUAAUAUUAUUAGUUCCUCUCUUUGGCAAGCAUAGUUAUUUUGACUGAGAGAAGUGUGAAUGAACUGAAGUAGGUUUGAUUUAUUUCACUAUCUGCAAAAGAGAGGGGGGAUAUACAUGCACAGUUUAUCAGUAAGAGCUCUCAGUAUUAAGUAGUUAUUUUAAAACUAAGAAAAGAUUUUUCUCCACCAUUGUCCACUUUUUACACAGUUAAAUGUAAUCUGUUGCAAGAAUAAAUUUAGCUGCAUUAA